AUGCUGCUAACUCGACCAUCUGUACGCUUUUUAAGUCCAUUUUCUGUUAGGAUACGGUGGAAUUCCACUUCUGCAGUACAAUGGUUCUACGCAACGGAUAUUCCGGACUCCAAACCGCCAGAGUUCAACUACACUCAGUCGGUAAGACCGAAGGAGUUUCUUCCGUUUGCCAAGUUUGAUUCCCAGAACCUGGAGAAAACCUACCAGAAGCUGAUAGAAGGUGAUGAUGUAUCGGAAGAGCUUUUGGUGCAAGUAAAUGAGGACAACCUAUUUGAAUGUGAUCUGCGAGAAUUCGUAAUGAGACCUACGUAUUGGAGCGGAGCGGUUUACGAAAUCCGGAGAGGACUCUGGUUCCACGAGAAUUUGCCACUUCCAGGACCCAUUUCUGAUCAAUUGGAGCAGAUAUUCCUUCAUAGCCCGGAAGUUCAAUCCAAAAAGCCAAUUAUGAAGGAAUUGACGGAUGAAAUUGAAUACCUCAAAACCGCAACUGUUGCUUGCUAUUCGCCUAGUGUUCCGGAUAAAGACCUGUCCGUGCAACAGGUGGCUGUCUUUGCAGGAAAGAGCGUGUAUCUAUAUGGCAAGGGGUCCAAGUUUGUUAAACUUCAAAUGGAUUUGUUUGCAGAUACGACCUUCGUUCCGCCUGUUGGAAGUAAAAAGGUUACCAGAGGGUAUCAGGGAAUGCCAAAAGGAGAGGCCGAAAAUAAGAAGGGUUCCGACCCCAGCAACCCGACUCAAGAAGAGUCGAUUCUGGACUUUGUCAAGACGGAUUGGCUGGGUCUUGAUAACUCCAAUGAGAAGUUCAAAGCUGAGGUUAAAGGCGAUUAUACCAACGAGCCCGCUAAGUCUGAGAACGCUGGUGAUAGAGAGGUUGAUCAUCUGGUAUUCUGUGUACACGGAAUUGGACAAAGUCUCGGAACCAAAAUUGACAGUGUGAAUUUCAUACACACAUGCAAUAACCUGAGAAAAGGCAUCAAGAGUGUGUAUCAGGGUAACGAGAGAUUGAUAAAAAUGGCCGCCAUGCCAAAUAAUAAUGGGGAUGCGAACAACUGCAAAGUUCAAGUAUUGCCAAUAAUAUGGAGAUAUAACGUUGAUUUUUCGACUAAACGCCCUUUCCAAGGAGCUGAUGAACAAAGAUUGCCCUCGCUGGACGAUAUAACGGUUGAUAACAUUCGUCAGCUGAGAAGCGUUCUGGGCGAUGUCGUCCUGGACAUUUUACUAUAUUAUGUUCCCGAAUACAAAACGCAGAUAUUGGAGAGUGUGAUCGAACAAUCGAACUCGCUUUAUGAGAAAUAUCUUGAGAAGAAUCCCAAUUUCAAGGGAAAAGUCAGCUUGCUAGGCCAUUCGCUUGGUUCAGCUAUCUUCUUCGAUAUCCUUGCAUCGCAGCCAGAUAAAGUGGAGAAUUUUGAUCGGAGAAAGCAUUUGGCAUUUGACGUGGAGAAUUAUUUUUCAUGUGGAUCACCAGUCUCCGUUUUCAAACUUUUGAAGAAACAAAAUAUCGCUUCUAGAUCGCAGGUUCAGGUGUCAGAUGAUAGCAAUGUCGAUCUGGAUCCUGUCCAGGCCUUGAAGGUGAACAGCUACUACAAUAUUUUUUACUCCACGGAUCCCGUUGCUUAUCGUUGUGAGCCUAUGAUGGAUUUGAGGAUGAAAGAUUUCUCUCCCCAAUCCAUAUCAUUCGCUACUUCGGGAAUCAACUCUCAUAUUAAGAGUCUCACCAGCAUGGGAGACGACCUAGGUGAAAAAUUGGAUACUCUAUUUAGCGGGGAGAAGGAGCACCAACAGAAGAACGUGAACAAGAAGAAAGUCCCCGAAGAAUUGCGCAGAAAAAUGCUGGCAAUUAAUAGGAACGGAAGAGUUGACUAUGUAAUGCCGGAAAGACUGUUUGAAUUAUCCCUAUUGUCCGCAUUAGGGUCUCACAUUCAAUACUUUGAGGACGAGGACUUUGCAGGGUUUUUAUUACAAGAACUAUAUAAGUCAUAG